AUGAAUCCAUCUCGCCGUUCCAUCUCUCCCGGGCGUUCCCACAGAGCGCCCGUCCCAAACCACCGCCACCCCAACCCUCCCUCGGACGACGACUCUGACGACGAAUUCGCUCGCCCCGGGUCUUCCGGCAGUGAUGCUUCUUCCAACGUGACUACGGUCUCUGCAGCUCCUAUUACUCCCGUCACGGGCCAGCCGUUCAGCGCCGGCUAUUUUUCUCCCAAUUCGCGACUCCCGCCGGCCAUCUGGCCGGGGCCCUCGUCUGAAAUGUCACGACAUCGGUCCCGGCACCAUUCGCAAGGGUUCUUUGAGCCUUCCUUGCCGACUGCAUCCUCUGAGCAGGUACCCUCUGUAUCUGCUUCUCGCAUUGCGGCCCAGACAGCCAUGCAGCAGAUCAAACGCGCCGAUGAAACACUCCGCAGCGGCAGUGCCUCCCCUCCGCCUCCCCCUCCUCCACUCGUCCCUCCUCCGUUACGUUUGAACCAGCCGUCCCCGAAUGCAGCGACUACGGCAGCCAAUGUGGUGUUCCCACGUGCGGGGGCCGCCGCGCCCCAUCCAGCCGAACAGCCAGAAAGCAAGAAGAAGAAGAAGCUGUUCUCCAAGCCAAAGCAUAUAGGCAUUAGCCGCGAGAAGGAUGGUGCCGGCCGGGACCGGGCUCUGCCAUCCCCUAGCAAGCUCAGUGGAGGCCUGUCACGGAUGGUCAGUGCUUCGACGACCAGCCUGGCCGAUCUCCCCUCCAACAACAGCUCCAUGUAUAGCCUGUCCAAUGCCUCCGUCAACACUGUGGUUCCCGCGGCUGAGCGGCCCCCAGCUUCGGUGACUGGUCUGGACUUGCUGCAUGGCGGACGAGCUCUCCGAGAAAAGAAAAAGGAAGAGAAGGCCCUCGCUGAGUCGGAGCAUAUGGAAUGGCUAUCAAGCUCGGCGACAGCUGGAAGUGCCGGUGCCGUUGCGCCGUCUUCGCUGAACAGCUCAUCGGGCGUGUUGGGCGAGGCUGUUCUCAGAGAAACACUCCAGGGCUUCGGGUUGAACAACAUGUCUCCCGAGGAUGCAUGGGACUUCCUGAAGGCAAAAUUGCUGGUCAUUUUCGAUGGAGAGGAUGUCCGGAUUGCCAUUGAAGACCUCAACAAGCUUGUUUUGGUACACUUACAACAUUGUGUUCAGAAGCGCACGCCGACAUCUAUGAUUACCGACCUACAAGAGCUACUAGCAACAGGUUUUGCUACCUUGAACCAUAGUUCGUUGGUUGGCAUUCCGGAUGACAAGGUUGUGCCGCAUCUGGUGCAAGUUUGGAUGUUGGUCUUCGGCACGAUCCUUCCUUUCAUCCAAGCGGUUUUCCUGCCCCUUGAUCUGGAGUUCAAAGGAUGUGGGUCGCUGAUGACCACCAUGGAAGCGCGGGAGUUCUGGAGCAGCUUGAGCCGUGCGUCCCUUGAUGUGCGCAAUCUAGUCUUAAUCUCAUUCCGUGACCACAUGAUCCUGAACCGGUACGAUGCUCUCAAGAACCUCUUCUCCCGUCUCAGCUUGGACAGCAUCAACACGGCCUUUCCCACGCUGAGCGUGACCUCCAAGAGCACUGGCAACAGCGGCAGACCAGGUACAGCCGCAUCUCUCGAUGCCGGGCUCGGCAGCUACAACUCGCAGUCCUCGACGCUCCUCAGCACCGUCGCAGACAGUUACUCAUCCGAGUCGACGAGCGGCCUCGCUAAUAGACCCACAAGCAGCCAGUCGCGCAGCCGUGCAGAGUCCAACACCUCGUCGAACCCUGACCAAAUGAUGUUUUCGUCCCUAUCUUCCCCUCCCGUUGCAUCCCAACGACCAACCGUCAUCCACCGACCCGGCUUAGCCGAUUCUUCACAUGUCAUCACCGAGACAGUCGGCCGAAUGCUUCAAUGUGUCAGUGUGCUCGCAAGUGUCCAGACCGAGGACGCGAGCCAGGAAAAGAUUGAGCUACUCAGCAAGGCACUGAAACAUAACUGGUUCGGUCGAGGCCGGACAGGCCGUGACCGACGCGGUUUCGUAGGUGCCAAGGUACGGCCUGCAAUGGUCGGUAUUCCUGUGCCACCCAUUGUCGACGAUGGCGACUCUCUGACGACUGCUGGCAUCAGCGUUGGCGCCAGUACGAGCACGAGUGGGCGGCGUGGUCGAGGCGGUUCGUCUUCUUCGGAGUGGAGCGGCCAAGGUCUCAGCAUGCGCAGUGGAAGACAGCAAUUGAGCGUUUUGUGA